UAAAGUUGGGGUAAUGUAGUCUACAACAGAGCAACACUGAAAAGUAGUUGUCAAAAAAAAAAUAAGCAAAUAACUUGGCAGCUGUAGUGAAAUACGUGUUUUUAUUCGAUAAAUUAGCGAAAAUGGCUGUGUAAAACGACGGUGAAUGCAUAACUAAAUGUGCAACGUGUAAUCAUAAUGUCGAGCCGUCGUUCGAUACUCGGUUCGACACUGGACGCUCUACCCGCGCCCACGGAUCCACUUCGCGAAUUGUUUGAAGCUUGCAAAACUGGUGAGGCUGCGCGAGUAAAAAAGUUAAUUACUCCUCAAACGGUGAAUGCCAGGGACACAGCUGGUAGAAAAUCUACUCCGCUACACUUCGCUGCAGGUUAUGGUCGCCGAGAAGUGGUAGAGCUCCUGAUAGGUGCUGGAGCAGCGCUACAGGCCCGAGACGACGGCGGGCUCCAACCAUUACACAAUGCAUGCUCCUUCGGUCACGCUGACGUUGUCCGGGCGCUGCUGGGUGCAGGCGCGGCACCCGCAGCCAGGGAUAAUUGGGGAUAUACACCGCUGCAUGAGGCAGCUGCCAAGGGGAAGGUUGAUGUUUGUAUUGCACUUCUCCAACAUGGCGCGGACCCAAACAUCAGAAACACGGAAGGAAAGACGCCCUUGGACCUCGCAGAUUCUGCCACCAGGCCUGUUCUCACUGGUGAAUACUGUGCAGCAGAAGUGCUAGAAGCCGCGCGUUCGGGCGCCGACGAGCGGCUCGCAGCGCUCCUGACGCCUCUAAACGUGAACGUGCACGCCGGGGACGGUCGCCGCUCCACCCCCCUACAUCUAGCUGCCGGGUAUAACCGUGCACGGGCGGUGCGGCUGUUGUUGCAGAGAGGGGCGGACACACAUGCUAAAGACAAGGGUGGCUUAGUGCCUCUUCACAACGCCUGCUCGUACGGGCACUAUGAAGUUACGGAGCUGCUAGUCCGGGCUGGUGCCGAUGUCAACGCUACAGAUCUCUGGGCCUUCACACCGCUACACGAAGCUGCCAGCAAGGCGCGGCUAGAGGUAUGCUCGCUCCUACUCAGCGAAGGCGCUGACCCUACCCUACUGAACUGCCACGGGAAAUCUGCUUUAGAUGUAGCGCCCACCAGGGAACUACAGGAGAGGCUAGCGUUCGAGUAUAGAGGGCACUGCUUGCUAGAGGCGUGUCGUUUGGCGGAGCCGGCCAGAGUCAAAAAACAGUUAUCAUCACUCAACAACCCACCUAUAAACCCGGAGGGUUCCCCGUCGAGCCCGGCGGCCGGGGGCGCGGCCGGCGCGGCGGAGGCGCUCGCCAACUUCCAGCACGCGGCCAGCGGCGACCGCCCGCUGCACGCCGCCGCCGCCAGCGUCUACCCCAAGCGGAAACAGGUGAUGGAAAUGUUAAUAAGAAAAGGCGCCCGAGUGAACGAGAAAAACAAGGAGGGGCAGACGCCGCUGCACAUAGCCACGGAGCAUUCACAUUUAGACGCCAUGGACCUCCUAUUAAGGCACGGUGCGAAGGUGAACUCGCUGGACGGGCGCGGGCUGAGCGCGCUGUCGCUGGCGGCGCGCGCGGACGCGGCGGCGGCGUGCCGGCUGCUGCUGGCGUGCGGCGCGCACGCGCAGGAGCCCAGCUACCCCGCGCCCAUGGACGCAUGCGCAAACGCGGCGGCCCUUCGUCUCCUGGAAGCGGCGCGGACCGGCGACGUGGAAGCGGCGCGGGCGGCGCUGGACGCGCGGCCGCGGCUCGUCAACUGCCGGGACGUGGACGGCCGACACUCCACCCCGCUACACUUCGCGGCCGGGUACAACAGGUUACCACUUGCUCAACUACUAUUACAAAGAGGCGCCGACGUCCACGCGAAAGACAAGGGCGGUCUCGUCCCCCUCCACAACGCGUGUUCGUACGGGCACUACGAGGUGACCGAGCUGCUGGUGUCGUGCGGCGCCGGCGUGAACGCGGCGGACCUGUGGCGGUUCACGCCGCUACACGAGGCCGCGGCCAAGGGCAAGGCGGACAUCGUGCGGCUGCUGCUCAAGCACGGCGCGGACCCGACCCGACGGAAUCGUGACGGACUGACGCCCUUACAACUAGUAAGGAGCGGCGACUCGGACACGGCCGACGCGCUGCGCGGCGACGCGGCGCUGCUCGACGCGGCCAAGCGCGGCGAGUUGGCGCGAGCUAGGAAAUUAAUAACGCCACAGAACGUGAAUUGUAGAGACUCCCACGGAAGGAAUUCCACACCUCUACACCUUGCUGCUGGGUAUAAUAACCUAGAAGUCGCCGAGGCGCUCCUCGAAGCCGGCGCGGCGGUCUCGGCGCGCGACAAGGGAGGCCUAGUGCCGCUGCACAACGCAGCCUCGUACGGGCAUCUCGAGCUGGCUGCGUUGUUGCUGCGCGCCGGCACGCCGCCGAACGCCGCCGACAGAUGGGGCUUCACUCCGCUACACGAGGCGGCGCAUAAGGCUCGCACUCAGCUGUGUGCGUUGUUGCUGGCCCACGGCGCCGACCCGUACCUCAAGAACCAGGAAGGGCAGACGGCCCUGGACCUGGCCGGCGCCGAGGACGUGCGCUCCCUGCUGCAGGAUGCCAUGACGUCAGCGACCGCGCCGCCCGCCGCGCCGCCCGCCGCGCCGCUGCCGCCGCCGCAGCUGCCCGUGCUGCUGCCCAGCGGCGACACCGUGCCGCUCCCGCUGCCGGUGGUGCCAAGCAACUACUGGGCGGAGGGCUCCCGAGGCAGUUUAGAAGACGCGGCAGGCCGACCUGCCUCGGCCCUAUCCACCUCUGAAUCUUUACAAACUUUCCUGUCGAGUAUCGGCUUGGAGCAGCUAGCGCCAGUAUUGGAACGCGAGCAAAUAACAGUAGACAUUUUAUCGGAGAUGUGUCACGAAGAUCUCAGGGCUGUGGGCGUGGCGGCCUACGGCCAUCGGCAUCGGCUUCUAAAGGCGGCGCGUCAGUCCGCGCAAGCGGCGUCAGAAUGGUACGGCGGCACAACGCUAGUCGACGUCACGCCGACGUCGAGCGACGAGUGCGGCGAGAGCGAGCACGCGAUAGUCGAAAGGGAGAUGCAAGCUUCAGUACGGGAGCACAGGGACCAGGCGGGCGGGAAUUACACACAUUAUAAUGUAGUCAGGAUACAAAAGAUAGCGAACGGGCGUCUAUGGGAGCGCUACCAGCACCGGCGGCGCGAGGUGGCAGCUGAAGCAGGUGGCGCUAACGAGCGCAUGCUGUUCCACGGCUCGCCCUUCAUCAACGCCAUCGUACAGAAGGGUUUUGACGAGAGGCACGCCUACAUCGGUGGCAUGUUCGGCGCGGGCAUAUACUUCGCGGAGCAUUCCUCCAAAAGCAACCAGUACGUGUACGGUUUCGGCGGCGGCUCGGGCUGCCCCGCGCACAAGGACCGCAGCUGCUACCUGUGUCACAGACAACUCCUCCUGUGCCGCGUGACGCUGGGGCGUGCGUUCCAGCUGUCUGCGGCGCUGAAGAUGGCGCACGCGCCGCCCGGCCACCACGCCGUAUCCGGCCGCCCCACGCAGGGCGGCCUCUGCUACCCCGAGCACGUCGUGUACCGGGGGGAACAGGCAUACCCAGAAUACCUAAUAACGUAUCAAAUAGUCGGCGGCGAGGGCAGCACGGGCGCAGUAUAAAUACCAAGUAUUUCUACCCGGUACCAAGUACCUAGUGCGAC